AGAAUAGCCCUGAGGACCAGACAGCAGGAUGGCAGGAGCUCUGCUCAGCGUCCUGUUCCUCUUGCAGCUCCUGGGCGGAAGUGAGGGGAAUGAGGAGUUGCGGCUUUAUCACCAUCUCUUUGACAACUAUGACCCAGGACGCCGGCCAGUGAGGGGGCCUGAGGAUACUGUCACCAUCAGCCUCAAGGUCACCCUGACCAACCUCAUCUCACUGAAUGAGAAAGAGGAGACCCUCACUACCAGCGUCUGGAUUGGAAUCGAUUGGCAGGAUUACCGACUCAACUACAGCAAGGACGACUUUGGGGGCGUACAAACCCUGCGGGUUCCUGCAGAACUCGUGUGGCUACCAGAGAUUGUGCUGGAAAACAAUAUUGACGGCCAGUUCGGCGUGGCCUACGACGCCAACGUGCUGGUCUACGAGGGUGGCUCCGUGACUUGGUUACCCCCGGCUAUCUACCGCAGCACCUGCGCCGUGGAAGUUACCUACUUCCCCUUCGACUGGCAGAACUGCUCGCUCGUUUUCCGCUCUCAGACGUACAAUGCCGAAGAGGUGGCGUUCGUCUUUGCUGUGGACGAUGACGGCGAGACCAUUAGCAAGAUCGAUAUCGACACCGAGGCCUAUACUGAGAACGGGGAAUGGGCCAUUGACUUUUGCCCCGGUGUGAUCCGUCGCCACGACGGUGUCUCCCCUGAUGGUCCAGGGGACACUGACAUCAUCUACACGCUCAUCAUUCGCCGGAAGCCGCUCUUCUACGUCAUUAACAUCAUCGUGCCCUGCGUGCUCAUCUCAGGCCUGGUGCUGCUCGCCUACUUCCUGCCAGCGCAGGCUGGCGGACAGAAAUGCACCGUCUCCAUCAACGUCCUGCUCGCCCAGACUGUCUUCUUGUUCCUGAUUGCGCAGAAAAUCCCAGAGACGUCUCUGAGCGUGCCGCUGCUGGGCAGGUAUCUCAUUUUCGUCAUGGUGGUUGCCACGCUUAUUGUUAUGAAUUGCGUCAUCGUGCUCAACGUGUCUUUACGGACGCCGACCACCCACGCCACGUCCCCGCGACUGCGCCACGUCUUGUUGGAUUUGCUGCCGCGGCUUCUGGGCUCAGGCGCUCCCCCCGACACCCCUCGCGCCGCCUCGCCCCCUAGACGGGCGUCGUCGGUGGGUAUACUGCUCCGUGCGGAGGAGCUGAUACUGAAAAAGCCGCGGAGUGAGCUGGUGUUUGAGGGACAGAGGCACCGGCACGGGACCUGGACUGCCGCCCUCUGCCAGAGCCUGGGCGCCGCCGCCCCCGAAAUCCGCUGCUGUGUGGAUGCCAUAAACUUCGUGGCCGAGAGCACCCGAGACCAGGAGGCCACUGGCGAGGAGAUUUCCGACUGGCUGCGCAUGGGGAAGGCCCUUGACAACAUCUGCUUCUGGGCCGCUCUGGUGCUCUUCAGUGUGGGCUCCAGCCUCAUCUUCCUCGGGGGCUACUUAAACCAAGUGCCCGAACUGCCCUACCCGCCGUGUAUGUAGACCGGAGCCUGUGGCCACAUUGACUUCAACUUUCCACCUACUCCACGAGGAAGUAGGUUUUGAAAACAAGCUGCUGCCACUGCUAUGUUAUGAUCCUUUCCCACUGCCGAUAAUAAAGCAGUAGUUUGUAAACACGUGUGUGCACAAAUGUGUAGGUCUGACCACCGCACAGGGAUCAGAAAGAGGGCAGAUGGCUCAUGCAGGCUCUUGGGUGCCAAUCCUCUGCAAAGUAAGGACCACCCUUGAUUCAGCCUUGAUUUCUCAGUUUUGCUCAGGCCCCAGACCCAUGGGACCCUCUAGCCCUAUGAGCUUCCAACUCUAUUUGAUAGCCGCACAGGAGAUCCCUUUGCAGGACUGGCACUUAGGGAGUUCUGGAGCCAGGAAGCCAGGUCCCUCUCUGGCCUGGCCCUGCUGGAGUGGGCAGGAACCAAAUGCCCUCAGCACAGGUCCUCCACAGGUCCACAGGUUUAAAGCUGAGGGUGCCCUGGCCCUCCUUCAGUUAUUUCUUCUAGGUUUUCUUGACUGAGCUCUGCCCACCUCCCGGCCCCCAGACUCACUCAUUGCAGAUUCCAGCCCCACCCCCAACCUCCGGCCCCUUCAUCCCAACUCUGCUGGCUUGCCCUGGUUAGUAUCCAGGACUGUGAAAGGAAACAGAAU